UCUUUUGUUUCCCCUCUCCAGGCACCGUCGUGACCUCAUCGUCGCCGACAACCUGGAGUUGUCUUGCUCCUUCGCCGAGCUAAGCACAGUCGAUCCCUUCGCGGGCGAGGACCGACUCGUGUAGACGGUGAAUCACGAUACUCCAACCGCAUUCAGUACUUCUUUGAGAUACCCCAACCGACACAUUGAUCUGUGUCGGCAACUUGAUAUUCGUCCCAUUGUUCGACAGCGUCGACAUCUCCUCCUUCUUGGCCCGGCUAGCCUGGUUCCUCGCGCCUGGUUUGCGCCGUCUAUACCAUGGGUUUCCUCAGCCAUCGCCGACGCGAUGUUGAGGUCCAGCCCGAGCAGAAAUGGGACUUCAUUAGUCUGAACGACUUCAAAUCCACCUCGUGUUUCACCCCCUUUGCCUACGGCUACCUCUGGUUCUCUCUGAUCAUCUCCCUCGCCGUCUAUGCUGUCGACGUCUUCACGGCCUACCAGCUGCUCGUCUUCAACAAAUGGUCCUCCACGAUCGAGCCCACCACGCUAGUAAACUUCAACAUCACAAAAUGGAUCUUCUCCGUCUGCAUCAUUCUAUCCUUUGUCAACCUCGCCUACGAGUACUUCCGCGCUGUAGCCAUCAUGCGCCGGGGAAGCGUUGCCGAGUGCUUCCUGGACAGCCUGGCUGCGCGACUGGAGAGUAUCCGCAUGGGAAGCGGCAAAGGGUGGAAGCGGUUCCUGGUCUUUGCGGAGCUAACAAAGAGUAAGAAGGGGGCUGAGUACAUCGCCCUUUUUACUUUCUUUAGCUUUCAAUCCUGGAUUCGGAUCCUCUUUUGCUCCGGACCUCGCCAAGUCAUCAACGCUCUCACCAUCUACUCGGUGUACGAUGGCAAGUUGAAGGUCAGCUCGAGCAGCUUCGAGGGGUCGCUGUCGAGCUUCUUUGAAAAGAUCAGAGUCCUCGCGGCCGACGAACCUCGCCAGGCUGUCAUCCUGUCUGGCAUGCUCUUCACGCUGGUUAUCUGGAUCUUCUCUUUCCUGUCCUUGCUGCUAGCCGCCCUGUUCUUCGUCUUCUUCUUGUGGAGCUACAUUCCACGGGAAGACGGCGGCUUGACGGGUUUCUGCGAGCGCAAGGUCAACAAGCGCCUGAAGCAGAUUGUCUCGGUCAAGAUCAACAAGGCUAUGGCCGAGGAGGAGCGCAAACGGAAGAAGGCGGAGCUCAAAGCGGCGAAGAAGAACGGCGGAGACAGGCCCUUGUCGAUGAAACCGUCGAUCCCGAUUCUUGGCGACGACAGUCUUCCAGAGAUGCCAGCGCUCAAUCGGGCGGACACCUUCGCUUCGUUCUCGGAGAAGCCUUCUCUCCCGAGCACACCUGGUAGCUUUGAGAUGAACUCACUUGGUCGGAAGCCGGCGGCUAUGCCAUCGCGGUCGGAAACCAGCGUGACGGCCCCCAGCCAGUAUUCGGCUAAAGCCUCUCUCCUUGGCGGCGCUGCCGAGAUGGGCAUGGGUCGCUCAGAAUCGCCUGCUCCCACUUUGCCGCCCCUCGAGUUCGACGGCUACCCUCCUGUCCGCCCUGCGACUGCAGGGUCCAGCAGGGGCUUUGGGUCUGGUCCGCAGCUCCAGCGGAUGGAGUCGAAUGGCUCAUCCCUUCGGGCCGGCUUCACGUCGAGCCCUGCGCCUUAUCCCUCCGAGACGGUGCCCUCACUUGCGCCCCCAGCUCUGUCCCCAGUGGGUCCUUACAACAACUACAGGGGACCGGGGCCGAACCCCCCAACGAACAGAUGGCCGAAUCCCAGUGACAAUAGGUCGCCCUUUGACGACCCAUCGAGCGGGCGUGCCAGCCCAGCUCCCUCGACUCCUUCGUAUCGAAGUGGUCCAUUGUCGCCGCGCGGACUCGGACCUAACGGCUACCCCGUCCGCAGCGCCACCAACCCGAUGCCUCCUCGGGGGCCCCCGCAGCUUCCACCCCCCAGAUCCGUGACGGCCCCGAUGCAGGGUUUCCACCAGCCGACCGGGAGCAACGGCUCGCUGCGGAACAUGGGGGGUGCAAGGCAGCCGUAUCACCAGCAGAGUGCAAGCAACAGCUCGCUGAGAAACAUGGUGAAUGCGGUGCCGUACGAGCCAGCCGACCACGGCAGCGAGUAUGGGUAUGCGGCGCGACCAAACCCAAGAGGGCCUCCUCGCGGGGACUAUGGAAACGCCAGCGGAUGGAACCAAGACCUGGAGCGGGGAGGUGGGCCGCGGUAUUGAGCGUUGGAUGAGCGGUUGUGGCCGGCUAUGCAAUGAAUACCCGGGCUAAUGACAAUUGUGCCAUUCCUGGCUGAAUCUCGAAGUGUCGGGAUGU